GCCCGGGUGACUCGGGUCUGAAUAAUUUUUGGAGCACCCUUACACUUCAACUACAAAAAUGAACCCAUGAUGAAGACUGGAGGCUUUGUGUGGGUGCGGAAAGGAGGAGGGAAAUAUUUGGUAAUACAAUUACAAUCUCUUUCUGAGACCUCUGUGGAAAGUCUUGAGAGGAGGAGUUGCAAAAGGGGGAACUCCUUAAAGUUAAACGUCAGUUUUGCCUGUGUGGGCAAGUGAGUGGCUUAGGAUUAAGUAUCAGAAACCGAAAAAAGGAAAAAGAAUUGGCCUUGGAUAGCCCGUUGGUCCAUUGCCUGAGAAAGUGAAGCCCGGAGACCCUUCAGAAGAGAACUCCUGUACUGGAAAGGAUUCCAAGAGAAAUGAAGAGAACCAUAAGAAGUGAAGUCAGUAGCUUCAAGAUUUUCUAUUGAAAGGACUGGUGUUUUAUUGCUGCAAUUCCUUGGGAUGACUCUGUACCAGGUACCUGCUGCCGUCAUCCAUCAAGUUGAAGAAUCACUUGAUGAAGAUGAGAAGGAGAUGCUUUUAUUUUUGUGUCGGGAUGUUGCUACUGAUGUGGCUCCACCCGAUGUCAGAGACCUUUUGGAUAUUUUAAGUGAGAAAGGUAAGCUGUCUCCUGAAAGCUUGGCUGAGCUGCUGUACCGAGUCAGGCGGUUUGACUUGCUCAAGCGGAUCUUGAAGAUGGACAAAGCAACAGUGGAGGUGCUUCUGCUCAGGAACAAUCACCUUGUUCCCGACUAUAGAGUGCUGUUGACAGAGAUCAGUGAAGAUUUGGGCAAGUCUGAUGUGUCUUCAUUAAUCUUCCUCAUGAAGGAUUACACAGGCCGAGGAAAACUAUCAAAAGACAAGAGUUUCCUGGAUCUUGUGGUUGAACUGGAGAAACAGAAUCUGGUUGCUCCAGAUCAUUUGGAUCUACUAGAAACAUGCCUAAAGACCAUCCACAGAAUAGACCUGAAGACAAAAGUGCAGAAAUACAAGCAAUCGGCUCAAAGGGUAGCAGGGACGAGCUAUGUAAAUGCUUGUCAAGCAUCUCUCCCAAACCUGAAUUUCAAGGAACCUUCCUACAGCUUGGGGUUGAAGCUACAGAAAGAAAGCAGUAAAGAACAAAGAAGGACGGUGGGACAACAUGGUAUUCAAAGAGGACCAGUGAAGACAGCCAUCCAGGAGUCGGGAGCGUUUCUGCCUGUGCAUAUACCUGAAGAAAUAUACAGGAUGCAGAGCAAGCCCCUAGGAAUCUGCCUGAUAAUCAAUUGCAUUGACACGGACACAGAGGUUCUUUGGGACACCUUCACGUUCCUGGGCUACAAAGUCCAAAGCCACUUCGGUCUCUGUGUGGCCGAAAUACAUCAGACUCUUCACGAUGUUGCCUGCCUGCCGGAACAUGAAAGCUACGACAGCUUUGUGUGUAUCCUGGUGAGCCGAGGCAACUCACAGAGUGUGUUUGGUGUGGAUAGGAAGCAUUCAGGGUUGCCCUUGGAUCAGAUUAGGAGGGUGUUCAUGGCAGAUGAAUGCCCUGCUCUCUUAGGGAAGCCGAAGGUCUUUUUCAUUCAGAGCUAUGUGGUGCCAGAGAAAGAGCAGGAGGGCAGCAGCCUUCUAGAGAUAGAUGGGAAAGGGUUGAGCAGCAUGGCGAGACCUGGUCCUUCCCAUGAGCCCCGCAUGAUUCAUCGAGAAGCUGACUUCCUCUGGAGCCAGUGCAGUGCAGAUGCGGCCCUGCUGGAGCACUCCCCCAGGCCACCCUCUCUAUACCUGCAAUAUCUCUCCCAAGAACUGCGGCAAAAAAGAAAAUGCCCACUCCUGGAUCUCCACAUUGAGCUCUUCGGGAAAGUGUAUGAUUGGAACAGUAAAGUUUCUGCUCAGGAGAAGUACUCUGUAUGGCUGCAGCACACACUGAGAAAGAAACUCAUCCUCUCAACUUUUGACUGUGAAAGGGCCCUGCUUUGAAUUCUGUCUUCCCUUAUCUAUCGGUUGCCUAUCCAGAAAACCCUGGGGUUUUCCCAGCAGUGUCCCUGGACAACUCAGUUAAUAUAUAGGACAUCCUUCAACUCACGGGGCUGCCAGGUCCAAAAUCAAGGAAGCAGGCAGCCGAGUCCUCCCUCAGGCAAGGCAGGCAGCAAACAGCAGGUGGGUCAACAGCAGUCAGUAGCUCUGGGGUUUGGUGAAGCAGGUCCAGUACCACGAGGCUCUCGAAGGAGCCUCAAGCUCUAGCAUGGCCAUACAUUUUGCCUCAUCUCAUCUGUUUGUCAUGAUGAAAAUACGAAUCAUUUGGUUCAUAAAAAAAAAUCGGGGAGCGGGGAGGAAGGGGAAAAAUGAGGAGCUGAUACCAUGGGCUCAA